AGCAGUCAGGUAUCAGGACUUACAGGGUGACUUCAGAAGUGAGGCGCGAGGUUUUCUAGUAUGUAAACGAAGAAGCGCAGACGACAUAUCUGGAGUAGUUGAAGGAAAGAUGGCGCAUUUCUGGACUUCGCCGAGAGUUCAAGCAUUAUUCCUUUUCCCUUUCAUCCUCCUUUGUGGCCUCCCUCAAGGAGUCGAGAGAAAAAACUCUCCAAGAGACAAAGCUGAAGUGCACACGAACUCUGUUUCUGACAACGAUGAAGGGAAUUUAUUACAUAAAACGGCCCUCACUCAGCAGGAGCCUCCGUCAGAAUGGGGAAUACUGCAGGAGGCGCAGGUGAAGAACUACAGUGGAUGGCGGCUACUACAAGUCUUCAUUCCAUCAAGAGAAAACUUACAGACGCUGCUGGAGGUUCUGGAGGCCAGCAAGGAUGUAGUGAUGAUGGGGGCCGUCAAAGAGAAGUCCCGUGUGGUGGUAAAGAUGGCGGUGAGCUCACACACCAGCGUCCCUCACCUGCUGAAGUCAUCCAGGUACCACCAACAUGACUCUAACCAUCUCGUCACUCACCGCGCCGCAGAGAACAAUACAGCAGAGGAGGGCGGUGGAGAGAACCAUCAGGAUGUUGGUGACUAUGGUGAGGCAGCAGGUGGUGUGGGUGAAGGACUGGACAAUAGGGGAGACACAGCAACUGGUGAAGGAAGAGGAGGGCGGCGGCAACGUCGGGGGUUGAUGGAGGAACUGCUGACGUGGGGCACAAUCUACGAUGAUCUGGGUGACGCCUUGUUUAUCUCCACCAAACCACGACUGACUGGUCACGAGUCGCUGGCGUGGGACGACUACUACCGCUACCCCAGCAUCGUCACCUUUGCACGGGGCCUGGCGGAACAGCGGGCUACAGUAGAGUGCCUCAACCUGGGCCACACCACAGAGGGCCGCCCACUCCUGGCACUCAUCAUCGCUACUGAUGCUAGGCGGAUGGCCCAAGUCUACCGCAGAAAAAUCCUGAGCGCCAGAAGGCACCGAGCCCGAGGACAUCCCCAGCAGACCUACAGCACACAGAAGAACGCCCCGCGGGAGGAGGGGAAUGGAGUAAUAAACCAGAUCACCAAGAAGAAGAAUCCUGAGGAAGCAGGGGGGAAGAAGACCAUUGUUAAGGAACUUAACAGAAAGAGGAACAUGGUAACUAGGAGAAACCGGGCUGACAGACAGAGAUUAAAGAACCUGAGGAAUAAGGAAAUAAAAUUGAAUAAAACCGAACCGAGGAAAGGGGUAGAGAAGACAUUUGAUAACCAGAAGCUAAAGAACAAAAUAUUCGGUAGGAGAAAUGGCAGUAUGGGAACAUAUGGCGGCACAAAGAGGAAGUCACGCGCGAGGCACUCCAAGCCUGUGAUCCUUGUUGAAGCAGGAGCCCACGCCCGGGAGUGGAUCUCGCAUGCAGUAGCGACCUUUCUGGCGCAGCAGCUGGCCGAUGCAGGAAAAGUGUUCUUGAGGCAUGUCAGUUUUAUCAUAGUACCGGCGAUCAAUCCGGAUGGAUACGAGUUCACCCACACCAACGAUCGGCUGUGGCGUAAGAAUCGCCGUCCCGGCAACCGCACCGGGUGUUAUGGUGUCGACCUCAACAGGAACUGGGGGACGGCAUGGGACACUGGGGCCGGCUCCAGCGACAACUUAUGCUCGGAAAUCUAUCGCGGUUCCCACGCCUUCUCCGAGAUAGAGACCCAGAGUCUUGCAAACCUGGCCUGGGUGUUCCGGAAGACGGUGAAGAUGUUCUUAAGCUUCCACAGCUUCGGCGAGUACGUCCUCUAUCCCUGGGGAUACACCAUGGAGAAGCCCGCCAAGAAAGCCAAGCUCAAGAAAAUGGCCAAGAAAAUUGCUGACAGACUAAACAUAAACAACAUGCACUUUCAGUACGGUCAGUCCUCGAGACUCUUGUAUCUGGCUUCCGGCACCGCCGAAGACUACAUGUAUAAUUUGGGCGUUCCCUUCACCUACACCAUCGAGCUCCCGAAGGACACCUUUAUCCUCCCACCAGAGUACAUCCUCCCUGUGGCUAGCGACGUCUGGGACGCGGUAGUGUGUACAGUCGGGGACCUCGCCAAGACUGAGAGAGCCAAGAGCUUCUGUAAUAAGAAGUUGGUCAAGGUUCAAGACCAUGGGAAUAAAAUCUUGAAGGGGUGGAUCAACAAGGGGGUGCCCAUGGCUCGAGCUGAGGAGAUCGUGAGAGAGAGACACGCAACGAGAUGACUGAGAGUGUCGCAAGGGAGACGUGCUGGAGACAGAGAUUUUCAUUUCCACAAGAAAUGGAGAAGCUCCACAGUUGAUACUGUAAAGUAGCAGCUUAUGGAAUAAAACGAAGGAAGACAAGCUCAAGAGGACGUUUGACUUGUGACGUGAGUGAUUGGGUGAGAGUUUAUUUGUCAUUGUAACUCUAACAGAUUGUGUCAGCCAUAAUGCAAAAUGGUCAUAAAUGUUACCAGUGUUGUGUUUAUUUCAUAUCUUUAUAUCUUGUGUUACAUAAUUUCUCCCCGCAAUUAUCCAAUAAAAAAAUUCAAUAAAUAAUAAAGAGGUUA